CGGCCCAGGUUGAAAGUGGCCGGCGGCUCGGCGGUCAGCGAGGCUUGGUGUUAUGGGGCUGGGUGGCAGCGCCGCUGCGCCUCUCGCUUUCCCCCGGCUCUGAAGCACCUCCGUUGGAGGAGAUGGGGGGCUGCGGUUAGCGGAGGCUAAGGCUCGCGGGUUGCGAGGGUCUGGGGAUGCGGCUCCAGCUGUUGCUGCUGAGGCGGCGGGGCUGCGGCUCCUGAGCGCCCCGGGGCCCCAGGGCUUGGCUCCAGCCGCCCGGCCAUGCCGCUUCCACCACUGCUCUGGCUACUGGGCUGCGGCCUCCUGGCCUCCGCGGCCCUUGCCAGUUACUCGGAGGAUCAGUGCAGCUGGAGAGGGAGUGGCUUGUCCCAGGAGACCAACAGCGUGGAGCAGCUAUCCCUGCAUUGUGCUGAGGGUUCCCUGGAGUGGCUGUACCCAGCAGGUGCCCUUCGUCUUACCCUCUCCCCCAGGCUGCCCCCAGGCAGUGCUGGAGCUGGCCAGAGUCCCAGGCAUAUCACAGCUUGCAUCAAGUCCUCUGGCCCCUUCCGGGGGGCCCAAGUCUACGUGGAGAGAGAUGGACUCCUGGAGUUGCUGUUGGCUGAGGCCCAGGGGCCGCCCAGAGGCCGGUGUGUCAGCUGGCAACCACAGGAGAGGGUAGCACUGUUCGUUCAGUCUACCCCACACCGGGACAUCAGUCGCCGAGUAGCAGCCUUCCGCUAUGAACUUCGAGGGGACUGGCACCUGCACCUUCCCCUGUUCACCCACAACCUUAGCAUGGAAGGGACCUGUCGCCCCUGCAGUGACGCUGAAGUUCUCAUGGCUGUGUGUACCAGUGAUUUCGUGGUUCGAGGGACGAUCUGCGGAGUCACUCAUGACCAGGAGCUGCAGGAGUCGGUGAUCAGCGUCAGCACUCCUCGAAUCCAUCGGCAGAAAUUCCCAUUAUUCCAGCCAGCUGAGUCCCCCAGCCAAGUGUCGGGUACCAUCCGCACCCCUUUGCGCUGUGGCGUCAGGCCUGGCCCUGGCAUCUUCCUCUUCACUGGCUGGAGCCAUUUUGGGGAGGCCUGGCUGGGCUGUGCUCCCCGAUACCAGGAUUUCCGCCGCAUGUAUGAGGCAGCCCAGGCUGCUCACCAUAACCCUUGUGAGAUGGCCCUGGAUUAAGGCUCUCUGAGGUUGGGGAAAAGGCAAAGAAAGGACCCCACUUAUCCUCUGAUCACUGUUAAGAAGCUAUCAGUACCCAAGAUCGUUGCUAUCUUGAGCCAUCUGUCCAGAGGUGCUGUAAGAAAAAGGAAUUGCUUUGAUCCUGGCUUUUGUUUUAGGAGUCAGCAAGGUUUAACAACCAGCACAUUCCCAUGCAUCCUGGUUGAAAGGUGUUCCAAAUGCAGUGUGAAUGAUGCCAGUCUUGGGAGAUGUCCAGUGGGCACACUCUGGGUGAUUAAUUUGGGGUGGGGUUAGCCUUGGGUGGGAAAAGUCAGUCUUUUCCUUGGGAGAGAUAAGGGAUCACUCCUUGUGUAGACCUCCCCCACCACUACCACCACCACCAAGGGGACUACCACCAGUGGGUAGGUGUUACCUAUCCUGCAGAUCUUACAAAUCAGAGAGGCCUUAGAGGGGGACAAUGAACUGGCCCAUCACCCUAACUUCCCCUUUCCAGGUAGACAACUGCUGCUAGAGCCCGGGAUACCCCAGCUUGGUGGGCAUCUCACCUUGGAAAUGACUUAAUGGAUUGGGUUAGGAAGGGCAGGGAUGGGAGGCAGAAUGAUGGAGAAGAGGCCUUGGGUGCACUACAGUUAUCCUGAUACCAAAUGUAUGUACUGACAGUGGUAUUUGAGGGGAACUAAACUCUCUGCCAAGUGUGCCUGGCUUAGUGGUUUCUUCUGCUUUCAUUGGAGGUUAGGGGCUUGGCUGGUGGAAGCAUGGGAGUGGGUAACAAGGCCAGGGACUUUGGUCCUGGUUAUUUCCCUCCUCUUUCAAAGGCCCCUUCUCUGUCUGGGUUCUCCAGCCUGCAGAGCCUCUUCGCUGGGGCUUUGGGGAAAGGAAGGUUUGGGGGUGGGGUAGGCUAGGGUGUGAAAUGACUUGAAGAGAGUCAGCUCCCUUUCCCUUGGUACCUUAUUUAUUAUGUGUCCCCUUCCACACACCUCUUCUCGCCCUGCCUUCCAAGCCCUUGGUGGCCUUCACUCUACAGUCUUGUACAUGUUGUUUCUAUUAACCUUUAGUCCUGUAUUCUAGGUGUAUGACAGUCCAUAUAUAAUAAUAAUGCUGGCCAUCCCAGGGCACAGGCACGCUCUCAAACACAGGUUCUCACACCCACCCACAUGCUCCUUGCGCAUUCUCUCUCAUACUCACACACAUAUUUUCUUUCUUUCUCUUGCACUGAAGUUGCCUCACUUCUCUCAGUUCCUGUAUUUUAUAGCCGCCCACGAUGGGAGCUGAUAAAUGGGUUAAAAACUCCCACGUCCACACACACACACACACACACACACACACACACACACACACACACACACACACACACACACACGGGAGAACAUCUUCCCCCAGUCACUCUUCUCCAUCUCUGAGAACUGAAGCUGGAAGGAUGGAGAGAUUCCUGGAGGUUGAGCUCACACUGGCCACCAGCCAGCAAGGCAACUGAGGGAUAAGGAAGAGGAAGAUGGUCUCCCUUAGAGCUCACAUCUAUCUCAGAGAGACAGAUCGGGCAGACAGACUCGGUUGUCAGAGUUCUCCUAGGUGGCUUGGUUAAUCCAAAAUGAGUAAGGAUGCCUGCAGAGAGCAUGUGAAGCACAGAGGGAGGCAGAGAAAUUGGGAAGAUUAGCAAAAAGGAGUGAAUGUUCCCUAGAAAGAGCUAGAUCCAAAGCCUGUUUCCUUGAGAUUUAGAGCAUCUUGUGAAUGGAGGACUGGUCUGAAAUUCAGAACUCCUGGAGUUUGUUGAAUUUUGUCUCAGCUUUGACUCUGAAUGACUGUUAAAGAGUCAUUUCCCCCUUUUAGUGCCCUUAGUCACCCUAUCUGUAAAAUGGGGAUAGUAAUCUUUGGCUCAGGCCCAUCUUCCUGGGCAUGAAUGAGAGGAUGUCUAUGAUGUGCUGGGAGCUCCUCAGGGGUGGGGGACGUGAGAUGAAUGCUCAAUAAGACCAUAGGCAUUCUGUCUGGAUACUUGCUAGAGAGGAGAAAGUGGGUUUGCAAGAAAGACUAGGAGAAUAAGUCAGGUCUGGGUGGGGCAAGGGGAGCGCUCUAAAUUUGGAGGACAGUGUCAGGAUGUCUUGUGGACUGGGGAGGGAGGGAAAAGGGAACAAGAGGGAACCCCAUCUUUGGCCCAAGCUUGGCCCUGGAGGCAAGGGCUCUCGCCCUACUUUCUGCAGUCCAGCACAUUCCAGGGAAGAAUGUGCCACUUGUUGCUGAAUUUCCUUGCAGGGGCCGAGGAACUGUUUCACCCAGCUGGGCUAAGGGCUCGGGGCUCUCCUCAACCCCCCCCCCCCCCCC